AAGACCUGUUCAGAAAAAACAUGAAUUUGUUUUAUACAGUUAUAAAUACAUGCCAAAUGCCUGUUUUUUUCUUUUCAUUAUUGGAAAAGAGCAGUUUAUGUUUGGAGUGAGAUGAGGUGGUGAGCAAAUGGUUGUUCUGUUAGGAGGAGAGAAGAUGGAGAGGAAAGCUGAGCACACCCAGCAGAAGAAAAGAUCCAUUGCUGGUUGUCGUUACAGCAGUACAAAGUGCACACCCUUUGCCUCUCCAUAAAAAGGGGCAAGGAGACAGGAGCAGGAACAGCUGGGAAGAAAGAAAGGUAACCUCAGAACGUCUCCUUGAUCUACCACACCAUCUCCCUGCCCACAACAGAAGCUAGUCUGGGGGUGCUGAAAUGAAGACGGUGAAGGUGCCUGCUUGAUAUCAAUAGGAAGAGAGAUCCAAUGUGUUGCUGCCACCAUGCUCAAUGUUUGAGUUCUGACAGAUGCAGUGCAAGUAUUAUGCGGCACCUGUUAAAGUGCCUAUUCCUCUGACUGAAGCAGUCAAGUGGGCACAUAUGGGGUAAAGUGAUCUUGUAGGUGAAUGAUGAAUGAGUCUGCAAACUGAUUUUUCGUUUGGGUUUUAUAGUUGAGUUUCAGAGUGGGACUGUUACACAAAAAUUUGGGGUUGACUUAUACAGCCCAUCUCUCCAUCAAGGGACCCAGCAUCCCUUAAGUGCAUUAUCAGUCGGAGAAGAAGCAUUUUGUGUGUGUUUGAUUGGCAUGCGAACAUGCACACACUGUUUUUGGCCCAGACUGGGGACGGACUUGCAUGCACUCUGCUAACAAAGGGGAUUAUGUGGACGGAGAGUUGCCUGUACAAACGACACAGAAAUGGGUUGUACUUGUAAAUCAGACUAUGCUCAGAAUAUUAUGUUUGUCCAACAUUUUUACAAAUCAGUCACUCAGAGAUCUGAACAAUACAUGUGAAUUGUUUUUCCGGGCCUUGCCAGAGCAAGGUUCCGGAGUGAGUGCUCACGGAUCAGGUCCAGGCGCUUAUGGAAGAAACUUGAUUUUCUAGAUCUAUUUCCAUUGGGGUUUAGACCCGGUUUUGGCACAGAGACUGCUUUGGUCGCCCUGUACCUCUGUCAAGGUAAGGGUAAAGGUAAAUUACCCCUGGGCACUUAAAGUCCAGGCAAAGGCGACUAUCGGGUGCAGUGCUCAUCUCACUUUUCGGGCCGAGGGAGGCACUGUUUGUCCACAGACUGCUUUUCGGGUCAUGUGGCCAGCAUGCCUAAACUGCUUUUGGCACAAUGGAAACACCGUGACAGUAGCCAGAGCGCUCAGAAACGCCAUUUACCUUCCCACCGCAGCGGUACCUAUUUAUCUAUUUGUACUGGUGUGCUUUAGAAAUGCUAGGUUGGCAGGAGCUGGGACAGAGCAACGGGAGCUCUCCCCGUCAUGUGGAUUCGAACCUCCGACCUUCUGAUUGGCAGGCCCAAGAGGCUCCAUGGUUUAGACCACAGCACCACACACUGUCAAGAAAGCGAGAUGGGAAACAUGCCCCUGUUAAUUCUCCUCUACCUCUCAGCGUUUUUGACACCGUCAACCUUCUGGAGCGGCCAUCCAAGCUGGUGGUGGGUGGCAUGGCUUAGCGGUAGUUGCAGUCCUACUUGGAUGGCCAUUCCCAGAGGGUUUUGCUUGUGGAGUGCUUCUCAGCCCAUGGAGCCUUCAAUAUGGGGUUCCACAGGGCUUAAUCCUAUUCCUUAUGCUGUUUAACAUCUACAUGAAACCGCUGCGUGGGGUUAUCCAGAGGUUUGCAGUACGUUGUCAACAGUAUUCUGAUGACACACUGCUCUAUGCCAAAUCUAGGCUCCUGUUCUCACAAGAUGCCACACUAUAAACGAUUCAGUUAUUGCAGAUGCAGUGCAGGUAUUAUAUGGUACCUGUAAAAGUGCCAAUUCCGUGGAUCAAACUGGACAAGUGGGCCGAUAUGGGGUAAGGUGACCUUGUAGGUAAAUAAUGAAGGAAUGUGAAAAAUGCUUUUUGGUUUUGGUUUUAUAGAUGAGUUUCGGGCAGUGGGACCAAUCGUGGAGGUGCCAUUGCAUAAGAAUGUAAAAUGCAGAAUUGGUUUCAUAGGAAGAAUGUGGAAACGCUUAACCCUGAAUAGUUUUUACCUUACAGGCUUUUUUGCUUCUUCCCCAGUCCCUUCACAUCCUGCUGCCAUUCUACAGCCGCCUCUCAUCUCAACAAAGACACACACUCUUGAUCUGUCAUGGCCUCAGCCCCACCAUCCAUAGAUGUGGACCAGGAAAUCUUGUGCCCCAUCUGCAAAGACUACCUGACAGAACCAGUGACACUGGACUGCGGCCACAACUACUGUCAGGGCUGCAUCACCAACUAUUGUGACACAUGGGAACGAAUGCAGGGGGACUUGGAGUGUCCCGUCUGCAGAGUUCGGAUCCAGAAAGGGGAUUUCCACCGCAAUUUCCAGCUGGCAAACAUAGUUGAAAAAAUUAAACUCCUGCCACUAAAUGAAAGGAUGGAGGAUCUUUGUAAGACACACAAGGAAAAACUCCACCUCUUCUGCAAAGAAGAUGGAGAAUUCGUGUGUUGGUAUUGUAAGCAAUCCCGAGAACAUAAAUGGCACACUGUGGUUCUCAAGGAAGAGGCUGCCCAGGAAUACAAAACAGUCAUCUGUGGUCACCUGGAGCAUCUGAGGAAAAAGAGAGAGAAAAUUCUGGCUUAUGAAGCAAAAAUAGGAGAAGAAAGCCACAGCCUGCUUAAAUUAACAGAAACUGAGAGGCAGAAAACAGUGGAGAGGUUCAGACAACUGUACCAGUUUAUGGAAGAACAAGAAAAGCGUCUGCUGAAUGAGAUAGAAGAGAUGGAGAAGGAGAUCACAAGGAGAAGGGAGGAGCACCUGGCUGAACUCUCCAAGGAACUCUCCUCUCUUGAAAGGAGCAUCCGGGAGAUGGAGGAGAAGAGUCAGCAGCCAGCGAGUGAACUCCUGCAGGUAAGACUGUUCUGGAACCUGUUUGGUAGAAACGGGAACUGCAAUGGCGUCCAGCACGCUUCCAGUUGCGCAAUUUUGCUGUGCCUCUCUGCAUCUCCCGGCUUUAGCAGAGUAUCUUCCACAGCGGUGUGUGCGUGUGUGUAAGGAGUUAUCGGCACAGCAGUAAAACACCCUGACACAGCUUCUUCUACUCUAUGAAACUUUAAUGUACAGCAGCAAAAACAACAAACCAGCCAGGAGAGAGCGAGGACAUGUUGACUCUCCUGUUGCAGUCAAAAAAAUGAAAGUAAAAGAUGUUCAGUUCACAUAACAAAGCAUAGUCCCCGUAUGUGAACACACCCCAGUGACAGAACGUCAUUUCCCCUGAGCUAUUAACCCUGUAAGCUCUGGGUCUCCUCACAAAGACUGUGGCAGGAACAGCACAAAGUUUCUCUCAGGGUUUAACCACAGUUACCCUUUGCCUCUUUGUCUAGGCUGUGUCCAAGUGCUCUUCUCUUGCCCCCACAGAGCUUUCCCCACAAAGGUUCAUUCUUUAAAGUUUAGUGCAACAAGCUUUUUUGGCAGGGAAAGCUCCAGAGGGGAAAAAGUAUGCUCGGACAACUAUUCAUUCAUUCAUUCAUUCAUUCAUUCAUUCAUGAAAUUUAUAUACUGCCCUAUACCUGGAGGUCUCAGGAUAAAUUUAGAUAAAAUAAUAAAAUAAGGAUAAAAAACAGGAUACAAUCCUAUAUAAUAAAGUCCCUGUGUCCCGUUUCCGCGCUAAUGCGCAUGUGUCCUGGGGACACAGGGAUUGGACGGAGAGACA